GAGGGGGAGAGAGAGGGAGAUUGGUAUCACAUGAGAGGGAGGAGAGUAAUAGCAAGGUGAAGGGAGGGAGAAAGAGGACUAACAACACUGAAAGCACUGAUAGGGGCGCCAGAGGCACGAAGGGAGCAAUCGAGAGAGGGAGUGGAAAGAAGGGGAGCAGAACAACAGCCCGGAUAGCAGUGGAAGAACAGGGAGGACAAAGGGAAGAGAUCUGAGAGAAGGAGUAAAAACAGGAAAAUGAAGAAGACACUGGACUGUGAAUGAAAAGUAACAGGAGAGAGGGAAAGAGCUGGAAGCCAAAGAGAUAAACAGUUGAAAACCAGACAGAUGAAAGUGUUUUUCUCCUUAGGAGGAGCUGUAAGUUUGGGUCUCUGCACAUGCACGUGUGUGUGCUUCAAAGCAAAUCAUAUAGGAUGAACACAUAACACCUGUUAUUCUGAGAUGAUGGGGUGUAACAGUUUUCAGCUUGUAUGUGUUGGACUAUCUCUGCAGCAUUUUCUCUACCUGCACGGCGUUUGACCUUCCUUAGUCAGCAAGCAGAGUGCGACUGCAGAGAGAAAAAGAGCGACGAAGAAGGAGAGGUGGAGAGAGGGAGUGUCUACAGGAAGAGAGAGAGAGAGAGAGGGUGUGUGUUAAAGUGGAGUAGUAGCCAAGGGAGUUCUUGCAUUGUGAUUAGUGUGCCUGUGCAGUCUGCACUAUCCUCCCAAUGUAAGACUUAUUCUGUACUGCGUGGGACUCUACUGGAGACACAGAGACAGUCUGAGGAUUGGAUUUUGCACAGAAAGCUUUGAACCUUAAUCGACUACAACUCCUGAAGCCUGGGUCCCACCCAGACCUGUUGACUGGACACCAAGACUGGACCGAAGUGGUUUCAACUCUCUUCUCUACUCUUUGUGAAAUGUAUUUUUGAAUUUGCACUUUCAGCUGCAGUGCUUUGAAUUCUCUGGGGAAAAAAAUGGAUAUGUCAGGCAACCCCCAAGGGUGCUCUGCUCGUGUUCCCAACAGUGUAGGAGACUCAAGAAUGGGGGAGGCUAGAAUGGGAGAGGGGAUGAGAAUGGGGGAGAGAGAUACCCCACUGAGGCUGUCACCUUUCCGUAUGCUUCGUGUGCUGGACUCAUGCCGUCCUCCAGGAAACCGUAUUGGCAUCGUCCAUGAGAAUGUGAAGAUGGGUUCAGAUGGGGAGAGCGACCAAGCAUCUGGGACAUCUUCCGAUGAAGUCCAGAGUCCAGUCAGGGUCCGUAUGAGGAACAACCACCAUCGGCGCAUCUCUAAUGAGGACAUCAACAAACGUCUGUCUCUCCCAGCUGAUAUCAGGCUACCCGAGGGCUACUUGGAGAAGUUUGCCAUGAACAGCCCACCCUUUGACAAGCCCAUGAGCCGCAGGCUACGGCGUGCUUCAUUGUCUGAAAUCGGCUUUGGGAAACUUGAGACCUACAUCAAACUGGACAAACUAGGGGAGGGGACUUAUGCUACAGUGUUUAAGGGGCGAAGCAAGUUAACAGACAACUUAGUAGCUCUGAAAGAGAUCCGACUGGAGCAUGAGGAGGGUGCACCCUGCACAGCUAUUCGAGAAGUGUCUCUACUGAAAGACUUGAAGCACGCCAAUAUUGUCACUCUCCAUGACAUUAUCCACACUGACAAGUGCCUGACACUCGUGUUUGAGUACCUGGAAAAAGAUCUGAAGCAGUACAUGGAUGACUGUGGGAGCAUCAUGAGUGUUCACAAUGUCAAGAUAUUCCUAUUCCAGCUGUUACGAGGUCUGGCAUACUGCCACAGAAGGAAGGUUCUUCACAGAGACCUCAAACCCCAGAACCUGCUCAUCAAUGAAAAAGGGGAGCUCAAACUGGCAGACUUCGGUUUGGCACGAGCCAAGUCUGUUCCUACAAAGACCUACUCCAAUGAAGUAGUGACAUUAUGGUACCGACCUCCAGAUGUGCUUCUGGGCUCUACUGAGUACUCUACACCCAUUGAUAUGUGGGGUGUUGGCUGCAUCUUUUAUGAAAUGAUCACUGGCAGACCUCUCUUCCCUGGAUCGACUGUGGAGGAUGAGCUUCACCUCAUAUUCCGCAUCCUUGGUACCCCUACAGAAGAGACUUGGCCUGGUAUCACCACCAGUGAAGAGUUUAAGACGUACAAUUUCCCCCGAUACCAAGCAGAGCCUCUCGUCAACCAUGCACCCAGGAUAGACAGUGAUGGUCAUGACUUGCUCUCAAUGCUUCUACAGUUUGAGGCCAAGAAACGGGUAUCAGCUGAGGAUGCUCUCAGACAAUCGUAUUUCAGAAGCCUUGGGGAGCAGGUUCAAACACUGGCAGACACUGCAUCCAUCUUCUCCGUAAAAGGCAUUCAGCUCCAGAAAGAUCCAGGGAAGAGGUCCUCGGUCUACCCAGAAUCAACGAUGGCCCAUAAGCUAGGCUCUGCACCCUCGCAGUACUUCCAGAGAGAAGCAGCCAAUCCCAGGGCUCAGAGUCACAAUCUCUCCUCCACUUCCACUGGCUGAGUGGCCCCUACCGUUCUGCCCAGGGGAAGAGCAGGAGGCAGAGUGUGUUGUUUUAGUGCUGGCGGGGGCGCUGAGAUGAGGAGGACAGUGACACGUGGAGCUGUCCUGUCAGACAUACAUUCACUGACCCUGCCACACUCACACUGAAGGAGCCGACACACACCCUGCCACAUGUACACACACACACAUAUAUGCACACACACACACACACAUACAGCAACAUAGACACAAAACCACACAGAAUUAAGGCUGAAGAUAUCCUACGUAACUUUACAAAAAAGAAAAAAAAAAGACUCAGCUCAACCCUAAAGACAGAAAAAAAAAUAAAAUGAGAAGUGCUAGAAGAAAAGUGGGAGAGUACAAGAUUCUCCUUGCUGCUACUACCGCUGCUGUCCAGAAGAGGGCAGUGUUUAAGGCGUGGGCUGACUCGGUCUUUGAACUGAACUUGCUGUAUCAGUGAGCUGUGAGGAAGAAGAAGAAGCGGACAGUGGAUUUGUAGGCAAAUGAAGAGGGAGGAAACAUGUCACUUUCUCGAAAUGCUUUCCUUUUUUUUUUUUUUUUUUUUGGGUUCCGACUAUUGUUGUACAUAAAAGAGACUGAGCUGUAGAACUCUGCUUUUUUCAUAACACGCCUCAGCCUGAAUCCAAA